AUGGGUCGCCUGGAUGACCACGCGAAGCACAGGAUUGUAGUGUUGAGGAAAGCCGGUCUCAGUUUCCGGAAGAUCAAGAAGGUCCUCGAAUUAGACAAUAUCAAGGUGACACCACAAGCCAUCUACCUCUUCUUGAAGCGUAAGAAGAUUGAACCGGAAAAGUCAUCCAGUACCUCUCAGAACCCUACUACGAAAAGUCAGGGCUGGGAACAGGCUCAGCUCUGCAGUUUGUUACAGGAAAACAGCGGGCUGAAAAAAGAUGGAGGCAGUCAGGUGGCCAAGGAGAGAAAGACAGCAAAUGAUGUGAAGGAGGAGAGCCAAGAAUCCGAGAUCAAAAUAGUGAAUGUGACUUCUCUCUCCAGUGUGAACCAGUCACUUGCUCCACCAAUCAGCACUUCAAGAAGUAUCCCCCAAGGGCAGACUGUGCAGGAGACACAACCCUGCCCUGUCCGUUCUGCCCAGAAUCCCAUUGUGAAUGGACCCCGACCCAACCCUGCCCAACCAACAUCUCACCAUCUUCUGAAUGGAAGAGCCAGGACACCUUUGCCCGCACUUAAGAACCCAGCACUGCUCGUCACCAAGAAGAUUGUGGACAGAGCCAUCAACUUACAGAAGAAGGUCAUCUUCCAAAAUGGCCUUCAGCUCUUGAUUCAUGGAGGAAGUUAUCCACUUACUGCAUCAGCCACCAACCAGCAGCCUGUGAGACCAGUGGCUCCACCUAAUCGUCAGGUGAAAGAUGCCACCACACAGACAGCUUCCUUUCCCCAACCCAGGACAGAAGUCAGUAUGGAACAAAUGGACUCUAUAAGAGGGGAGAUCCACAGACUGACACAAGUCAUGCAGUCUCUGAUUGACAGGCAGAAUCGUUGGGAACAAGAACAAAUGAGGCAAAGACAAUGUCACCACCAGGAAGUGCUGUCCCAAAUCCAGCAACUGGGGGCAACACUUGGGGCAAAGAUUACUCAGAACUGUGCCUCAUUCACUGGAAGCCAGGAGCUCGAUGCCUCUCUUCCUGAUCUGGGACAUUUCAAGAUGGAGCUGUAA